AUGGUUGGAAGAAGGGAUAAUAACUUUGUUUAUCCACCAGGUUAUCGUUUUUGUCCACAUGAUGAAGAACUUAUUCUUCAUUAUCUCAAGAAAAAAGUAAUGAACGAACUUUUACCAUACAACAUAAUCAAGGACGUUAAUCUCUACAAGUAUUGUCCUCAUGAGCUUGCAGAGAACUAUUCAAUCUUGGGAGAAAAGGAAUGGUACUUUUUUACUCCAAGGGCUAGGAAAUAUCCUAAUGGUGAAAGGCCAAAUCGUGCUGCUGGAACAGGCUACUGGAAGGCUACUGGAGCUGACAAGCCUAUUAUACACAAAAAUGUUAAAGUUGGAUUUCGAAAGGCUUUGGUUUUCUAUGAAGGUAAACCUCCCAAAGGCAAUAAAACAAAUUGGAUUAUGCACGAAUUUAGAGUGGAUGAAUCGCGCACGAUCAAAACACAUGCAUCUGACAUGAGGCUCGACGAUUGGGUUCUAUGUAGGAUUUACAAGAAAGCUGACAAGUCAUCCAAAGCUAAAGAUGACCACGAGCAAGAAGAUUCUAUGAUUUUAGCAGAGGUCGAAAAUCCUAUUAAUUUAGCGGAGGUCGAGAAUCCUAUCAAUUUAGCGGAGGUAUGGAAUCCUAUCAAUUCAGCGGAGGUAGAGAAUUAUCCUUAUAUGAAUUCAUGUGAUGAAGUUGGUAGACAACAAUCUCAGCCAACUCAUCAGAAUAAUCAAAAUAAUUAUAAUUCCCAUUAUGGAGCAAGAUUAAACUAUGGAUUGAACCUUCCACCACCAUUUCCUCACGAAAACAUGCAUUAUGAUCCAAACAACAGCAAUUGGUUGGAUUGGAUUAACAAUGCUUAUGAUUAUGGUAACACAGAUACUGAUGAUUUAGAUGAGAACCAAUCCAACGAUUAA